GCCUGCCCUUCGCCUCAGAGCAGAGGCAGUUCGAGUCCCCGCAGCAUUGAACGUAGUCGAGGUAUCGAGACUGUCACCGUUUUAUCUUAAUUAAAGUUUGUGAAACGGAAACUUUACAGAAAAAGGUAAACAAACGAGAUUAUAUUUUAACUCGUAAUUGUAUUUUAGAAAUCCGUACCAGGAGGACAGAAAACAACUUUUUUGUAGCCUACUGUUUUUUUUCGUUGCGUAAUUUUGGAGCUCUCCAAAACAUCCACGGUGACAAAAAUAAGACUCGAAGGAAAGAUUUGCGAGAAAAAUAACGAGAAAUAUUGAGAUUUAUUUUUGAGCUGUCGCGCCACAGCCCAUAGCGGAAGAGGUAACUGGGGGCGCAGGCGACGUUCGAUUGCAUGGCUUGUUUGCGCGUGCGACAUCUCUCCAGCAAAACGACUGCGCGCGGCCAUACCUCCGCACACAAGGCUAGGUAAUAAUAGAUGCGCUAACUAGAGAAUUGGACGAUCAUCUUCCCCUUUUUGUAGCAGCUGCAGUUACAGUAUAUAAGACAGUGACUUGAGAUUCCCGACGAAGCAACAUUGGGUUCUUCAACUCCAACCGAAGAGGCGGAGUCUUAACUUAUUAAAAGGAACUUGCCGAGACUUGGACGCCUGCAAAUAUGAUGAUGAUGUCUCUGAACAGCAAGCAGGCAUUCGCCAUGGCCCACAGCAGCUUGCCCGAGCCAAAGUAUUCCUUGCAUUCCUCCUCGUCCUCCACCUUGACUUCGAAUGCGCCCUCUUCGUGCUCCUCUUCCCGACACAGUAGCACCAUCAUCAGCAGCAGCGGCGGAGGAGGCUCGGAGGCGAUGCGCCGAGGAUGUCUUCCGACCCCACCGAGCAAUAUAUUCGGAGGCUUGGAUGAGAGUUUGUUGGCCCGCGCUGAAGCUCUAGCGGCGGUGGAUAUAGUCUCGCAGACCAAGAGCCACCACCACCCUCCACAUCACAGUCCCUUCAAGCCGGACGCGACCUACCACACCAUGAAUACUCUCCCCUGCACCUCCUCGUCGUCUUCCUCUUCGGUGCCCAUUUCUCACCCGUCCGCCCUGUCCGGACACGGCCACCACCACCACCACCACCAUCACCACCACCACCAGCCCCACCAGGCGCUGGAGGGCGACCUGCUGGACCACAUCACCCCAGGACUGGCUCUAGGCUCCAUGGCAGGGCCGGACGGCUCCGCAACUGCGCACCCUGCCCACAUGGCAGGCAUGAACCACAUGCACCAGGCAGCCCUCAACAUGGCUCAUGCCCACGGGCUACCCUCUCACAUGGGCUGCAUGAGCGACGUGGACGCCGAUCCCAGGGACUUGGAAGCCUUUGCUGAGAGGUUUAAGCAGAGACGGAUCAAACUCGGCGUGACCCAGGCGGAUGUAGGGGGAGCCUUGGCCAACCUGAAGAUUCCCGGCGUGGGCUCUCUCAGUCAGAGCACCAUCUGCCGAUUCGAGUCCCUCACCCUCUCCCACAACAACAUGAUCGCUUUGAAGCCGAUUCUGCAGGCGUGGCUGGAAGAAGCCGAGAAAUCACACAGAGAGAAACUCAACAAGCCAGAGUUAUAUAACGGCGCAGAGAAGAAGAGGAAGCGCACGUCGAUAGCCGCACCGGAAAAGAGAUCACUGGAAGCUUACUUCGCCAUUCAACCGCGUCCCUCCUCAGAGAAAAUCGCUGCUAUCGCAGAGAAACUGGACCUCAAAAAGAACGUGGUGCGCGUCUGGUUUUGCAACCAAAGGCAGAAACAGAAACGAAUGAAGUAUUCUGCUUGCGUCUGACUCUGAAUACUCGCUCUAAAAAAAAAAAAUCAUCAAAACAAUGUUGAGAGACUGAACACUGUUUAGAGACGAUCUGUAAAAUAUUUCUUAUCACACACUUUUUUCAAUCAUCAAUGACUUGUGCUUUGAACAACCCGAAUAAUUCAUAGGCUAUAGGCCUAGAUUCAAAAUGACUGAAAGCUCAAACCACAGCUGUCACCUCUUAUUCGCAGGAGAAGGGACGUGGAGUCUUGUACAGGAGUGAUUGAACAGAGCAAGUAAGACCAUGGUUUUUCUGCACUUACAAUGCUUCACCUUUUUAUGCCAAUGAAGUAUUAUAGACAUUAAUCACACAUAUGUUUUUGGUUUAUGGUGUUGAUUAAUUUAGUCUAGCCUACAAUAGUGGACGUACUGAAAAUAACGGUUGCCAUGGGAAGGUAGGCGGCCAAUACUGUAUUUUGAACUUGGGAGCACUUGGUCGGUGCCCACUGGGCUAGUAUUGGUGUGUUUAUAUUUUAGUCGGUAGGCUACAUUUUGAUUCUGAGUUUAUUAAAAUGACGAUGCAGUCUGGAAUUGAUUCAGGGUUCACACAGGGAAAAAUAGGGCAGCCCAGUAGUCACUUGCUUGGCCUUGGAAGCUAUUAUUAGAGUACUGCCAAACAACCCCGAUGUGUAAAUUAUUAAUUUAGCUGUCACAUACCCUUCAUUUUGUGUCCCAUGUAAUUAAUUCCACCUAUUUAAUUUUAGAGUGAGAUAAAAAACUGAACAAAUAAGGAGGAUAUACAGGACAUUCCCGGAGUAUAGGCCCUACGAGCAAAACGAAAUAUAAAAUAUAGCUGGUUUAGGGUUGUUUUUGUAUGGCAUAAACAUCUCUCUGAUUGUAGAUAUAGAAAUAGUGGAUCAAAUGUAUGCAUUUGAUUGAGGUUUACAAAUGCCAAAUAGGACUUUACUACCGGUUGCAAUAUCUACGUUUGUUUUUGCAGUCCAACGUGGUUCUGUUUCUUAUGAACUAUUUAUUAAGUGAGGUCAUGUUUACAUCAUUAUAUAUUUAUUGGGAUUCCCCCCGCCCCCCUCGUCCCCCGUUUUGCUUGAGAAAAUCAAAUUCUGACAGCAAGUAAAAUGUGUUGUUUUCAUAUAGGGAAAUUCCAGAGAAAUCUAAAGCUAUUGUCAGGAAUUUAAUUUCGUUUCUGCUAAACGUUUGAGAUGGAACAAUCGAGAGAUAUAUGAGAUAGUAUUCUCAUUUUAAAUUAUUUUUAUGUAUGAUUUGUCUGGUUAUUUGUAUAAAUAUACGCGCAUCAUUAUGGAGUUGUUGCUUGUUAAAUUCACCUUGUUUAGUAGGCUGAUGUUUUCUAAUCGAGAAAUGAACCGUUUCUUGGAAGUAUAUGUGUAAAUGUAAAUAUUUCAUUAAAUCCAGUCGAUGCACAUAAAUAUAUCCGUACAGGUUUUGCUGUAUUGCUGUUUUAGCUGAGGUGACUUAUUUCUGUAAUGUUUGUUGCUUUUUAGGUUCCUGGUCGAAUUUAUUUUUAUUUAUUUUUUACAUAAUUGUAUCUUAAGUUAUUUAAUUAU